AUCGUUCUCUGCACAAUCUGGACUAAAGAUGAUGAGUGACCGAGGAGACCAAGAGGACAGAGGAGAGCCUCCUCCUUCCAGCGGUGUCUCUGUGAAGACUGACUGGUCUGAAAUGGAAAAUCCAGUCUUCAGUAAUGGACCAGGACCAGAACUAAUGUCCUCUUUUUCCAGUGGUGUCUCUGUGAAGAGUGACAGGUCUAAAGGUAACCCUCCAGACUUCAGUAAUGGACCAGGACCAGAACUAAUGUCCUCUUUUUCCAGUGGUGUCUCUGUGAAGAGUGACUGGUCUAAAUUGGAAAAUCCAGUCUUCAGUAAUGGACCAGGACCAGAACUAAUGUCCUCUUUUUCCAGCAGUGUCUCUGUGAAGAGUGACAGGUCUAAAAUGGAAAAUCCAUUCUUCAGCAGUGGACCAGUACCAAGACCAUCUUCCCCUUUUUCCAGCGGUGUCUCUGUGAAGAGUGACAGGUCUAAAAUGGAAAAUCCAUUCUUCAGCAGUGGACCAGUACCAAGACCAUCUUCCUCUUUUCCCAGCGGUGUCUCAGUGAAGAGUGACAGUUCUAAAGGUUACCCUCCAAACUUCAGUAGUGGACCCAGACCCUCAGAUCCACAAGUUCAGCAGGAACCAUCAGAGUUCUUCAGAGAUCAGUCCAAACAGCAGAAAACAGAGCUGGACUCCAUAUUUAUGCUGCUGGAGGAGAACAUUAUCAUCUUUGUGAAGAAGGAACUGAAGAGACUUCAGAAGGCUCUGAGUCAGGAUAACCCAGAAUGUCCCAGUGAGGAUGAGUUGGUUGGUGAAGAUGAAGAGCAGAGGAGCAGCAGAGAGGCUUUUCUGAAGAUCACAGAGAACUUCCUGAGGAGAAUGAAGCAGAACAAGCUGGCUGACUGUCUGAGGAACAGAUCUUCUGCUUCAGUAUGCCAACAGAAACUCAAGUCUAACCUGAAGGAGAAAUUCCAGUGUGUGUUUGAGGGGAUCGCUAAAGCAGGAAACCCAACCCUUCUGAAUCAGAUCUACACAGAGCUCUACAUCACUGAGGGAGGGACUGGAGAGGUCAACGAUGAACACGAGGUCAGACAGAUUGAAACAACAUCCAGGAAACCACACAGACCAGAAACUACCAUUAGACAAGAAGAUGUCUUUAAAGCGCCACCUGGAAGAGAUGAACCAAUCAGAACAGUGAUGACGAAGGGCGUGGCUGGCAUUGGGAAAACUGUCUUAACCCAGAAGUUCACUCUGGACUGGGCUGAAGGCAAAGCCAACCAGAACAUCCAGUUCACAUUUCCAUUCACUUUCAGAGAGCUGAAUUUGCUGAAAGAGAAAAAGUUCAGCUUGGUGGAGCUUGUUCAUUACUUCUUUACUGAAACCAAAGAAGCAGAACUCAGCAGGUUUGAAGACCUCCAGGUGGUCUUCAUAUUUGAUGGUCUGGAUGAGUGUCGACUUCCUCUGGACUUCCACCAAACUAAAAUCCUUUCUGAUGUCACAAAGUCCACCUCAGUGGAUGUGCUGCUGACAAACCUCAUCAGGGGAAACCUGCUUCCAUCUGCUCACCUCUGGAUAACCACACGACCUGCAGCAGCCAAUCAGAUCCCUCCUGGGUGUGUUGACAUAGUGACAGAGGUCAGAGGGUUCACUGACCCUCAGAAGGAGGAGUACUUCAGGAAGAGGUUUAAGGAUGAGAGACAGGCCAGCAGAAUCAUCUCCCACAUCAAGACCUCCCGAAGCCUCCACAUCAUGUGCCACAUCCCGGUCUUCUGCUGGAUCACUGCUACAGUUCUGGAGGAUCUGCUGAAAACCAGAGAGAGAGGAGCGCUGCCCAAGACCCUGACUGAGAUGUACAUCCACUUCCUGGUGGUUCAGACCAAAGUGAAGAGCGUCAAGUAUGAUGGAGGAGCUGAGACUGAUCCACUCUGGAGUCCAGAGACCAGGAAGAUGAUGGAGUCUCUGGGUAAGCUGGCUUUUGAGCAGCUGCAGAAAGGAAACCUGAUCUUCUAUGAACCAGACCUGAUGGAGUGUGGCAUCGAUAUCAGAGCAGCCUCAGUGUACUCAGGAGUGUUCACACAGGUCUUCAGAGAGGAGAGAGGACUGUACCAGGACCAGGUGUUCUGCUUCAUCCAUCUGAGUGUUCAGGAGUUUCUGGCUGCUCUUCAUGUCCAUCUGACCUUCACCAACUCUGGAAUCAAUCUGAUGGAAGAAGAACAAACAACAUCCAGACCUACAAUGACAGAGCUCAACCAGAGUCCUGUGGACCAGGCCUCACUGAUCCCAAAUGGACACCUGGACUUCACCAACUCUGGAGUUAAUCUGAUGGAAGAAGAACAAACACCAUCAAGGUCUACAAUGACACAGUUCUACCAGAGUGCUGUGGACCAGGUCCUACUGAGCCCAAAUGGACACCUGGACUUGUUCCUCCGCUUCCUCCUGGGUCUGUCACUGACCACCAAUCAGAAUCUCCUACGAGGUUUGCUGACACAGACAGGAAGUGCCUCAGAGACCAGACAGGAGACAGUCCAGUACAUCGAGAAGAAGAUCAAUGAGGAUCUGUCUGCAGAGAAGAGCAUCAAUCUGUUCCACUGUCUGAAUGAACUGAAUGAUCGUUCUCUAGUGAAGAAGAUCCAACAGUCCCUGAGAUCAGGACGUCUCUCCACAGAUGAACUGUCUCCUGCUCAGUGGUCAGCUCUGGUCUUCAUCUUACUGUCAUCAGAAGAAGAUCUGGAUGUCUUUGACCUGAAGAAAUACUCUGCUUCAGAGGAGGCUCUCCUGAGGCUGCUGCCAGUGGUCAAAGUCUCCAACAAAGCUCUACUGAGUGGCUGUAACCUCUCAGAGAGAAGCUGUGGAGCUCUGUCCUCAGUCCUCAGUUCCUCCAGUCUCAGAGAUCUGGACCUGAGUAACAACCACCUGCAGGAUUCAGGUGUUGAGCAACUUUGUGGUGGACUUAAGGAUCCACGUUCUACACUGCAAACUCUCAGACUGAGUGGCUGUAGACUCUCAGAGAGAAGCUGUGGAGCUCUGUCCUCAGUCCUCAGUUCCUCCAGUCUCAGAGAUCUGGACCUGAGUAACAACCACCUGCAGGAUUCAGGUGUUGAGCAACUUUGUGGUGGACUUAUGGAUCCACUGUCUACACUGCAAACUCUCAGGCUGAGUGUCUGCAACCUCUCAGAGAGGAGCUGUGGAGCUCUGUCCUCAGUCCUCAGCUCCCAGUCCUCCAGUCUCAGAGAGCUGGACCUGAGUAACAAUGACCUGCAGGAUUUAGGAGUGAUGUUGCUGUCUUCUGGGCUGGAGAGUCCAAACUGCAGACUGAAAACUCUCAGUCUGUCUGGCUGUUUGGUCACAGAGGAAGGCUGUUCUUCUCUGGCCUCAGCUCUGGGCUGGUCCUGUCUGAUGGAGCUGGACCUGAGCUACAAUCAUCCAGGAGAACUAGGAGAGAACCUACUGUCUGUUCUACAGAAGGAUCCAGACUGCAGACUGGAGACACUGAGACUGGACCAUGGGGGACGACACAGACUGAAACCAGGUCUAAAGAAGUACGCCUGUGAGCUGGAGGUGGACACAAACACAGUGAACAGAGGACUCAGACUGUCUGACAACAACAGGACAGUGACACGUGUGGAGGAGGAGGAUCAACCGUAUUCUGAUCAUCCAGACAGAUUUGAUAACUGUCCUCAGCUGCUGUGUCGUACUGGUCUGACUGGUCGCUGUUACUGGGAGAUCGAGUGGGGAGGAGGGGUCGAUGUAUCAGUGAGUUACAGAGGAAUCAGACGGAGAGGAGAUGGAGAUGAAUGUCUGUUUGGAUCUAAUGAUCAGUCCUGGAGUCUGAGCUGCUCUGGUCAUGGUUACUCUGUCCAUCACAAUGACAGAGGAACAUACCCUCUGUUCUCGUCAUCCUCUGGUAGAGUAGGGGUGUAUCUGGACCAUCCUGCUGGCUCUCUGUCCUUGUACAGCGUCUCCUCUGACAGACUGAUCCACCUUCACACCUUCAACACCACAUUCACUGAACCACUCUAUCCUGGGUUUGGGGUUUGGCCCUUAUCUGGAGGUUCCACAGGUUCCUCAGUGUCUCUGUGUUCUGUGUAGCUCAAACUCUGCUCAAACUCUGUCUGAAUCCAAAGCUUAGUCAGACUACACACCAGAUGACUGAUCCUCUCUGAUUAAUCUGGUUUAUUUGUUCAAAGCUUGACAGCCAUCUUGUAUCAGUGUUUCGAUAUCUGUUUAACUGCUCAGCAGUCAUUUUUAUAUGAUCAAGUCCACAACGGUUCAUUUUAGUGCUGUUUUAGCUUAGAUACUCCUCGUUUGGUCUAACGAAGCCCACAGACACAAACAGCUGAUCAGAUACUCUGAGAUGGAAGAGCACACAGUCGUAGCACCGUAGCUCAAGCUGGCACUGAAAAAUAGUGCCAAACACAGCAGCCUUCUGGGUAAAAACAAAAGGUUGUUGUUUUUAGUCCAUUUUGAAGCCUGUAGGUAAAAAUGGGCUAAAGAGCGGGGUCAGAGAGGAACCUUCAAUGUCAGAGUGAUAUGAGUGAAAUAAUAGAAGAAAAGAAGAAGAAAUGUCUUUCAGACUCAUGGCUACUAAAUGCUGCUCCAGAAAACAGCAGCAUGACGGCUGUACAGACAGGGGUCAGAGUUCUCUGUCCACAUUCAUAGUCUGCAUCUCUUCUCCUCUCUCUGGCCACCACAGAGCCUUGAUAUCCAAUAAACUGGUAUUUACAGGAUAUCCACGGGGUCUUAAAAAGUCUUAAAAUGUCUAAAAUCCAACAAUUUGUCAUAAAUUGUCAUAAAAUGUCUUAAAUGCGAUUUUUAAAGGUCUUAAAAAUCUAUUAACAUUACGUUUAUUUAAAACAAAUGCAUAAUAUUCAGUCUCGCUCUUCAGUGUUUUGAUUUUUGAGGACACUAUAACAUAACUACAUAAACAGAACUAAAGGACCUGUGCAGCCAGGUCAGAAUUUAUCAAGCACAACCAGCUAGUGUGCUGUGCACGCCGGGAUGUGUUUCAGCGAAGCAUAGCAGAGGACGAAACUUAACAAAAGCCCAUAGCAAGGCCGACUUACUUGUGUAAAAUGGAUAAGUGCAAAUUUAACAAUUUGUGGCUCCAAAACAAACACUUUGAUGCAUGGUUGAAGCCGGUGGAUGGAAACAUAUAUGAAGCACACUGCACCUUCUGCAAGAAAACUUUGAAACUCUGAACAUUGGGCAUGAAGGCAUUUGAAUCCCAUUGCAAAUCAGAAAAACAUAAAGCAGUCAUAAAAUGCCAGCAGCAAACGCUUUCAGUCAGCCAGUAUUGUUCCACAUCAGGAUCUAUGAGUAAAUUCAUACAUAGGGCCCUAUGAUUUCCGCGUUAACAGAAUCGUGGAAUUAGCCAAUAAAAACGGAAAUUACAAUUUAACGCGGAAAUCACAGAAAUUGAAUGAAUUUGACUGAAAUGCUGUGUUUUUUUUGAAAGAUGAAUGUAUAUCUGAGGAAUAUGUUCCCAGGGGAACACUAAAGUGGGGCACAACUUGUCCCUCACUCCCAACACUCACCACGCCCCCUCCUAAACAACAGCAUGUCAAAGCAGCUGCACGAAACACCGGCGAACAUCACGUAGCCCCAUAGUACCGACGGAUAAUGUUGCACCUUCAAGAAAACUCAUCCGUGCUGCAAGUUAUUUUACCUCACCACACCACCUGAGCGGUGUGUCUCACCUCACGCGAGGCACACCGCUCAACCCUCGGAGCCUCAGAAUCAAGUCGGACGGACUGGAGAUUUUAUGAAGUCUAAAUGAUGUUAAAUUCGAGUUACAGUUAGCUCAAUAAUUCAUCCUGUAGAUACUGUAGUUCUCUUUGGUUACUUAACGAGCCAACACGUGUCUGUAUUAACGUAGCGGUCUGAUAUGAGGCAGACGGACAGACAGCAGGGAGAUGAGGAGAGAACCGUUACUGUAAGGAGUAAAACACAAUGCAGCAUCAAACUGCAUGCACUGUUACAGACAGAGAGUA